AGGCUGAACGGAGGCACAGGUGCAUCAAAGAUGGAGUGGUUUAAAGUUGUUGCGUUUGUUGUGUGCGUCCUACCCACCGCUCACUGCGCAUCGGACGCUAUAGUCUGGUGUUAUCACCUCCCAUCCUGCAAUGACAAAACCUGGCCAACAAUUUCCCCCCAGUAUUGCAACGGCAGCCGACAGUCACCCAUUAACAUCGUCUCAGCAUCAGCCACACCGAACAACAACCUGACUAAAUUCACUUUUGUAAAGUAUGACGACACCUCCGCAAUGACAUCCAUAGAAAAUACUGGCGACACAGUCAAAGUGACCUUUAAGAGCGGAGUUAAGAUUUCAGGAGGGGACCUGUCCGAGCAAUACGACAGCCUGCAGUUUCACUUGCACUGGGGUAACGGCUCCUCUGUGCCCGGCUCAGAGCACACAGUGGAUGGAAAGCGCUAUCCUAUGGAGCUGCAUAUUGUGAACAGCAAGUCAUCCUACAAUGGGAAUACAAGUCUAGCUGUCAAAGACUCCACCGGACUCGCUGCUCUUGGUUUCUUCAUUGAGGUGAGAGAAGCCGCGCACGAGAUGAUUUAA